CCAAAAAUAAAUGCUUAAUUUCUGAAACGAAAUCCUAAGCUAAGUUUUUUUUUGUAUUUUGUGGUGCAACCACAAAAUGGCAAUUGUUUGCAGGCGUUCUGUGCUUUCUUUGUAUCGCGACCUUCUGCGCUACGGUACACAGUUGAAAUACACGGACAAGGAGUUUUUUCGCACGCGCAUUCGUUCCGAAUUUCGCAAAUCCUCGUCACUAACCGAUCCGAAGGAAAUCGACUUCUGCUACAAGAAAGGACGGGCGGUACUUGAACGUGCCCGCGUCAUCUAGUAGUGGCCAUCGAACAAAAAAUGCACUGCUUUCGCCGCUUUCUACAGGUGGUCAGUGGGUUCGGUCCCUCCUUCCGAUGGCGCACGUUUUCGAAAUCAAUCG